AUGGGGGUGUGCAGGUGCAAUCGUGGACAACGCUCAGACAACAUGGAAGCAGACAAUCAUGGGGAACAGUGGACUGUGUGGUUUCUCUGGAGGGAAGGAGUGGCUGCUUCACACAUUCACACAAGGUCAGCAGCCGUGUGUGGGGAAGCAGCACCAAGUGGCAGAACCGUGUUUCACUGGAUAGCAGAGUUCAAAGACAGCAAGGACUGUGUGGCAAAAGGCAAAAGCAGUGGGCAUCCAGCAACAGCAUGCAUACCAAACAGUACCCAGCGCAUGUCCGACUUGAUACUGGAGAACAGGCGCAUCACUUUUGAUGAACUAGAGAAUGUGACAGGUUUGUCACGCGGAACACUGCACACCAUCAUUCAUUAG